AUGGAACCGCAGUUUUCUUUUCCUUUCAAACCAUAUGAUAUUCAGAAAAAGUUCAUGAGUGAACUUUAUAAAACAAUAGACGAUCGAAAGCUGGGUAUUUUCGAGAGUCCUACUGGCACAGGAAAAUCCUUAAGUAUUUGCUGCGGAGCAUUACAAUGGCUUAAAGAUAACAACAAAGCUAUUAUAGAAGAUAUAAAAAAACAGAUAUCAGAUUUUAAUGAAGCAAACUCUCUUAUUCCAGAUGCAGAUGACUGGCUUCAAGAAGAGUACACAAAAAUAAAAAAUAAUCAAGCCCUUGCUAGCUUACAAUUAAAACUUCACAAAUUUCAACAAAGAGAAGAAUAUUUCAAUGAACUUCAGAAGAGAGUAGCGGCAUCAAAAGCCAAUUUAAAUAAAAUUGAUCACUACUUUAAGAAAAACAUUAUAGAUGACAGUUGUAAGUCUGAUGAUAAAAAUGAUUUUGAUUUGGAAGAUGAUCUUAUGAUUGAUGAAAUAGAGGCAAAAGAUGAUGAUGAUUCGGAGUCUGAGGAACCGAUUGAGGAGAGUAAUCCUAUUACUAAGAUAUACAUAAGUAGUAGAACACACAGCCAGUUAUCACAGUUUGUGGGUGAAAUAAAGAGAACCAAUUUUAAUAAUAAUAUCCGAGUUGUUACUUUGGCGUCCAGACAGCAUUACUGUAUCAAUUCAGAUGUCAAUAAGUUAAAGAAUGUUAAUCUCAUUAAUGAGAGGUGUCUAGACCUACAGAAGUCUAAAUCUAAACCAACAUCGACAGAUAUGGAUGGUAGGGCAACAAAAAAAACAAAGACUAAAUCGUGCAAAAGUUGUACGUACUAUAAUCAAGGAAAUAUAACAAAAUUGAAGGAACGAUUACUCGUGGAUGUUAUGGAUAUGGAGGAUUUAGUUAAAUGUGGGAAGAUUUUGAAGGCCUGCCCGUAUUAUGCUUCUAGAAUGGCCUUGGAUGAUUCCGAGGUAGUUCUAAUAAGUCACGCUGGUAUUGUAAGCAGUGGAGCGCGAAGUGGCAUUAAUCUCAAACUCGAAAAUAAUAUUCUCAUAUUGGACGAGGCCCAUGGGCUUACAGCUGCGUUGGAAAAUGCUCACUCGGCGCCCGUUAGUAUGAAACAGUUGACGGCUGUAAAAUUGUACCUGAAGUUCUAUAUAAAUAGGUACAGGGCGAAGUUAAGCAGUCGAAAUCUUUUACAGUUGAAUCAGAUUGGUUUUGUUGUCGGGAAAUUAGUGGGUGAUUUAAAACAAGAUAAAACGCAAGUAGCAAAAAUAUAUACACUUGAAGAUUUUGUUAUUAAAACGGAAAUUGAUCACUUGAAUCUCCGCCCUUUAGUUGAGUUUUGUAGGAAAGCACGUUUAGCACCGAAGUUGCAUGGAUUCUCGAUGAGAUACAGUCAGCAAGAGUUGGAAGAGAAAGAGAAUACGGUCGACAGAAAAAAGUCGUUUAAGGAUUUUCUGAGUAAUAUGUCGAAGAAGAAAGAAGAUAGAGUUGAGGAAAAGGAUGGGAAGGAGGAAUUGAAGCCAGUACCGAGAGGAAUUAAUCAAGUACCGGAAAUAUCGGCGGGUAGUGGUUUAUACGCUCUACUGGAUUUCUUGGAGAUGUUAUGUGAGCGCAGUGAGAACGGUCGCGUGCUUGUACAGUACGGAGAAAACGCCCAGUUAAAGUAUCUAUUGUUAAAUCCCGCUGAACGGUUCAAAGAUGUCGUACAACAGUGUAGAUCAGUGGUCGUAGCAGGGGGGACAAUGGAACCUUUAAGUGAAUUUAAGUCGCUAUUAAACACAGAUAUAGUGAAUAUAGUGAAGUGUGAUCAUGUAGUGCCUUCGGAGAAUGUUUUGGGCGUCUGUUUGUCACGAGGACCGGGCAACGUCAUGUUGAACUUUUCUUAUGAGAACCGAAUGUCAAAAGAGUUGCUGGAUGAAGUCGGUCGUAUAUUAAGGAAUAUAUGUAGCAUAGUACCCGGUGGUAUAGUUUGCUUUCUACCCUCGUACUCGUAUGAGAACAAGGUGUAUGAACAUUUGAAGAAUACAAAUGUUAUUGAGGCCAUAUCUAAAAGAAAGGCCGUUUUUCGAGAGCCCAAAUCGGCAUCUGAUGUUGAUCAGGUACUUCAAAAGUUCGCUUCCGCAGUGAACGCAAAACAUUCAGAACAAAAUGGUGCAUUAUUAUUAAGUGUGGUCGGGGGAAAACUAAGUGAAGGACUAAAUUUUAGCGAUGAGCUGGGUCGUUGUGUGCUAGUGAUUGGUAUGCCGUACCCCAACGUUAAAUCUCCAGAGCUACAAGAGAAAAUGGCCUUUUUGAACCGAGCCACGCCGGGCGCUGGCGCCGUUUAUUACGAAAACCUGUGUAUGAAGGCUGUCAAUCAAUGUAUAGGGCGGGCCGUUCGUCACGCGAAUGACUAUGCGACAGUUUUGUUAGUGGAUGAAAGGUAUUCAAGAACUCAGACUAUCACAGCACUGCCUUCGUUUGUACAGAAAUCAUUAAUCUCAAAUUGCAGUUUUGGACAAACGAUUAGCAGUUUAGCAAAAUUUUUUGCUAAACAUAAAAAUAAACGAUAA